CCACGAUUAAUGCAGUGCAGUUCCACCUCGCUAUCGCUUGGUAUCGGCGCGUGGCGUGCUGGCGCGCCAUGGCGGCGUGCUGGCGUCAACCCGCGUCAACCCCGGGCAGCGCAUUCCCGCACCGGCCGGCAUGGAGGCGCCGUCCUGUUGCCUCCUCCUGCUCGCCCUGAGCGGGGCCCUGGGCCCGGCCCUGGCGGCCCCCCGGACCCACAUUGACACGGCGGACACGACGGACAUGUGGGAGACGGGCUUCCGCCUCGACGGCCACCUGGUGCCCACGCACUACCAGAUCACCCUCACGCCGGACGACGAGACCUUCCAGACGUACAACGGGGACCUCGUCAUCGACAUGGAGGUACGCGAAGAGGCGCGCAAGGAGGCGCGAGAGGAGGCACCCAAGGCGGUGCGAGAGGAGACUCCCAUGGAGGUGACGUGGGACGCGCGGACCAUCAUCCUGCACGCCGGCAAGGAACUGUUCGGCUUCACGCGCUUCCCCAUCGUGGAGGAGGUCGACGUGGGCCCCCUGUCCGUGCGCAGCCACUCCCACAGCCCGAACGACGGGCAGUACACCAUCCGCCUGGACGAGCCGUCGCUGCUGAAGGACCACAAGUACCGCAUCUUCAUCAAGUUCUCCGGCAAGCUGACCUCGGACAACCGAGGCUUCUUCCGCGUGCCCCUCAAGGAUGGCGCGAACACGAAGCUCUUGGCCAUGACCCAGUUCGCCCCCGUGCACGCGCGCCGCGCCUUCCCCUGCUUCGACGAGCCGUCGUUCCAGGCCACCUUCUCGCUGUCCAUCGUGCACCCGCCGCGCUUCGUGGCCCGCUCCACCACGCCGGUGUCCGUCACCGGGCCCUCCGGGAUAGGCGACGGCUUCGUGAUGACGACGUUCGAGACCACGCCGGUCAUCUCGCCGCACUCCCUGUCCUGGGUCGUGACGGACUUGGACUGCAUGGGCCACGAGCAGGACUGGGUGCACACCUUCCACCGCGACGGGUCCGCCGUGGAGGACCUCCACGCCGCCAGCAAGGCCCUGCUGAAGUUGCUGUACGAGUACACCGGGCAGGAGGGCCCCGCCGACGUCUACCAGGCCGUGGUGCCGCUGCUGGACAGAGCGGAGGGCAGCAGCCUGGGCAUGGUCGCCUUCAGGGAGGAGGCCGUCCUGAAGCACAAGCAGUACAAGAGCCCCGUGCGGCUGGCCGGGAUGCUGUCCGUGGCCAACGCGCUGGCGCAGCAGUGGUUCGGCAACGUGGUAACGCCGUCGUGGUGGGGGCACGCCUGGCUGGCGGUGGGCUUCAGCAAGCUGCUGGAGUACACCCUCGUGGACAAGACCCUCCCGGAGCUGCAGAUGCCGGAGCGGUUCGGCGUGAUGGAGAUGAUGCCGGCGCUGGCCGCGGACUCCAGGGCCAGCGCGAUGCCCCUCACGUCGGACGCCAUCAACAAGAACUCCGAAAUCCUCGCCCAGAUGGGAAUCCUCUCGUCCGGCAAAGGUGCAGCCCUGCUGAGGAUGCUGCGGAGUAUGAUUACGGAGGAGACUUUCCAAAAGGGGGUUCAGUAUUACAUAUCAGACAUGUAA